GUGAUUGUUGUUUUUGCUUUGAACUAACAUCGCCAGGGCCCGACGGCCGACGGCCCGCUCACCUGCGUCGGGCCCUUCCGGCAGUUCUGCCAUUCGCUCCGGGGUCGCCGGAGCCAUGCUUUCCUGCUGCAACAAUGAAGCCUACCAACCGCUCGUGGGCAACCAAGUGGAAGGUGCCACCAGGGAAGGAUCGUCGCGCAGUCUUCGAAGGGCUACGACCAAUGCUGACAUUGUGCAGUUUACUACAUCGAUCUACUACGUGGAGGAGAACGAGGGCAGCUUGGUGGUCGAUGUGAUGAGGCUUGGAUCGAUGAAGGGCACGGUGAAGGUGCGCUACCACACUGAAGAUGGUUCGGCCAAAGCCGGCAUUUCAUACGAAGAGACCUUUGGCGAGCUCAUGUUCGAAGAGGAUGAGUACCGAAAGUCCAUCGAAAUCAACACCAUCGAGAGUUUGUACUGGUCCGCCACCAUGGAAUUCAAGGUGCGCCUGUCGGACCCUGAAGGAUGCAACCUGGGCAUUCAUCUCCACAGCUGUCGGGUGAAGGUGAUUGACAACGACACCUUUCCCUCGAACAAGUAUCGAGAACAACUAUUGAAAGGUGAAGAUGGUUUGGAUGAGAUCAGCGCUGCCGGGCUCUUCACGGAGUACUUCAAGUUGUGCUUUCUGCAAGUUCCCAGUAUUUCCUGGCGAACAGCUACCUGUUUGGUCUUCGAUCAGAUGAAGAACAUCUAUCGCUACUUCACGCUGUGUUUGAACAUCUACAUCGUGGACGUCCUCUUUAACUUGGAUUCGGACACCGAGGAUGAGCUUAUCCGUCCCACCCGCGAGGAGACUGCGAUCGUGGUGGGUGUGAUCUAUGUCGCUCCCAUGAUGGUGUUGCACCUUUGGGACAUUCUGAAGGCAAAAAUGGAUUUAGUUGGGCAUCUUCGCUUGUAUUUGCAAGCAAGCCUGUUUCGACGAUAUCUCAACUACAGUGAGGAAUCCCGGGCGUCGGUGCCGCCCCCGGAUAUGCAACACGCCUUGACCUUGGGGUGCGAAGGUGCAGCACGAGGAUACAUGAAGGUUCUUGAUUUGUUCCAAAAGCUUGGACAGUUGGCAGUGUUCACCUACUUCACGCUACUCUCCAAUCCGGGCGCCAUUUACUUGAUCAUGGCGAUGCCAUCACUGAUGCUGCUCUUCUUGACGUGUCAGUCCUGGAAGUCCUGCUGUUCCACCGACGCGUCCCAGCGCAAGAACACGGAGGCAGCGGUGCUGAGCCUGGCCGCCGAGGUGUGCCAGCGCUAUCGCUUGAUCGCGGACUACUUCCAAAGGCCUCAAAUGAACGAGAUCUUUGCGCGGAAGACGGACGAGCUGCGCCGGCAAUCGGUGCCCGAGUCCAUCGAAGCGGUGAACAACGAGUAUUUUCCCAAGUGGCUGGGGCCACUCUUCGUUGGAGUCUACAUUGCUGUCUAUGCCCACAGCGUGUUUUCCAAUGCCAUCUCGUUGGGUACUUUCCUCGCGACCAUUGGCAUCAUGAAGGACAUCAGUUCGGAAUUUGCAGAGGCGUACGAGAUCAUUUUGGAGCUCACAGACACCUUUGGAUCCAUCCAACAUUUGACAGUCUACUUCAACAAGCCCACGGAUUUGCUCAUGUGGAAGCAGGUCAACCGCCAGCGUCGCGAAGCCACGAGACAAGCCAGGGACAAGCUCUUCAGACAGCAGAGUGGCAAAGUGGACAAGGAACCUGGGAACUACAAGACCGAUUUGAUUCCGAUCGAGAUUGGUAACAUGUCGUUCGGGUGGAAAGAAGGCGGCACGCCUGUAUUUGAGAAUGUGAGCGUUUCAGUGCCUCAGGGCAAGUUGGUUGCUGUGGUGGGGCCUCAUGGGUCUGGAAAGAAGACCUUGCUCUCGCUGAUGGGCCAUAUGAUUUUCCCACUGGAUGGCUCCAUCUUCAUCCCCUCGCACUUGCGCAUUUUACAUGUGACUCAGGAAGCCUAUCUUCUGAACCUUUCGCCUUGGAAGAACCUCAUUUUUUGGAUGUGCCAAUCCUUUGUCUGUAGAUCCAGCGCGGGUGCGCAAGAUCCUACAGUUGUUGCAAAUGAAGACCACUCUUCAGCUCAUCACGGCCGAUUUGGAGAAGCAAGCCCUCCUCCGUGAAACCACCGGUGCCUCCAAACCCGUGCCGGACGGAGAGUCAGAGGAGGAGGAAUCCGAGCAAGAAGAAGAGAAAGAUUGGGACCAGGAGAAUGGAGGGAAUUGGCAUGAUGAAUUGACGUAUUCAGAGAAGGUGAAAAUACAUUUAGCCCGCGCCUUGAUCAUGAAUCCAGAAGUCAUGGUGCUUCAGCGGCCUUUGCACCACUACGACACGGCCAUGGCUGAAACCGUCCUGAAGGUUCUAAAAGCCCACGUGGAGGAGCGGGGCUUGGCCCUCCCAGAGAAGGGCCGCCGCCAUCGCCGCCCCAGAAGCUGCUUUUUCACGGUGGAACGCCCUGAUGAAGCCAUGGCAGCUGAUGUCGUUUGGAGGAUCAAGGAUGGCCUGGUGCACGACGAUGAAUCGACCACCGGCACAUCGAUGCUGCAGAAGGCCUUCAUGCACAGCAUGACCGAAGUCAGCAGUCCCAAAAGCGGUCCCUUCUUCAACGGGGGCGCGUAGAGAAAUGGAUUGGUCGGGAUUUAACUCUGAAGGUGAAGAAAAAGCAUCAGUAAGCAUCCUGCACUAGACGAGAAAAUCGAAUCAUAUAUUACCUACACCCUGCGGUGUGUUCCAUUCACCGGUUCUUCUACAGGUUGGUAGCUCGUUUUGGGGGGGCUCAGAUCCUCGGACUUCGCAAGAGCUCGAAGAUGAGGACUCGAGCAUGUAAAAGACCCUUCGACUCAGUCGAUCAUGUGUUUUUGUGCUUCUUGGCGCCCCAGCAUCUCCACGACACCUGUGGACUUUGUGGAUUUUUGGGCGCUUUUUUUUUCUAGCGUCAAUGCACUGUACCGCAGCGAGCUUGGAGAAUGGAGUGAGCUGCCUUCGUAAGGAAAACGCACUGAGACUUGACAUGAACAAGAUGCGGCUAGUGAAGAUCAUUGAAGAGGGCU